AGAAAGGCGUUCUAUUUUACCGCUUCGUAAACGUAGCGCAAACGGGCUAUUCGACUAACCAUAAGAGGCGUGUUCGAGAGGACUGGCGUAAACAUGACAUAGGCAGCAUAUCCUCGAGUUUGUGGUGGAGACAAGGGAACGAACAGGCAGACGCACAACACAGGAACACAUGACUUUGCAAUGAACCUUUUUCAUAACGGCUUAUGCGCGUGCGCGUGACCUUGAGGCAUCGGAGAGGGUUAUCUCCGUCUUCAUUAGAUGGCGCAGUAUGGGGACGACAGAGGUGGGGACCAGUGGGGAGACCGCACGAACGGCGCGAGCUCGUCGGUCCCACACCGGACCGGUUUUGGUCCUUCGUACUAGCCACGCGGAUUUGUUUUGACGCGCUCCGAGCGUGGUUCCCUGGGCAGCCGCUAGGAUACCACGCGUAUGUGAAAAAGGUACAUGGUGUGCGGUCGCAUGUGGGAUGGCGUGUGAGCCGCUGCUACCAGUAUGACGACAUCAAGAAGUGCGAAGCCAGCUUCGUGGGUGGAGGCAAGGGACUCGUGGCGUCAGACGCCUGCAGACUCUUCAUAGCGUACAGGACCUGCGUCAAAGACGUCGUGAGCCGGAGGUGUUCCCGCGAAGACGAACAACAACUGCCUUCGUACCUGAUCGACCGUGCCCGGGAACUGUCGUGGCAGUGUGGUGGAACCGUCAGCGAAGCACGAGACAUCCACAGCGUGUACCGUGCCUCAGGGCCAGCAGCAUACGCUCCCUACACGCAAGGCUAUCCACGGGCCACCGUCUCUCCUGGGGUGCCUCGAUAUCACAACUUUUCCUUUGUCGACUCUCCUUCCUACGCCUACACGCCGCCUCCUGCACCUGUCAGGUCACGUGAUGAUUCAUACUGCAUGGUUCGAGCUAGCGAUGCCCUUCAAGAAUGUUCCAGGGACCACCAGAGGCGACAGUACAAUGCCAGAAAGUACUACUCCGACGACAGAGUACGCGAAAUGUGCUGCGCUACAGUUGAAUAUCGCGAAUGCAUCAAGCUGGUGUUGCACGACAAGUGCCGGGACGCUGGUAGCUCCGUUGUGGACAGCAUCAUCUACCAGCAGACCAGGGAACUGGACUACGAAUGCCGAGAUUUCAACGCAUAUCGCUGUGCCGGCUGUGCCGUGCACGUUGCCAAGACAACCAUAUUACUGUGCCUCCUGGCAGUCUUCAGCAAGUUCUACCCUAGAAGCUGAACAGCGGGCAUUUAUGCCUGUUCAAAAAUGACGUCUCAGAACUUCUUCCGCAGAAGUGGACUGUGAACUGUGAUUGGCUUAGAGCAUGCCUUUCGACUGAAUUCAAGUGGCUUAAUUCUUACAUCACAGUGUUCGAAAAGAUGCCAUAGCAAUUGGUACAUUGCCAUGCCGUCUUGCUCAUGACCCUAACUGCUUCCCACCAGUGUAUUAAUAUCUCCGUCAUCUUGAAAGAUGUACAGUGCCGUUUAAGUUAUGAGAAGAGGGUGUGUUAAGUACUUCUGCAAUACCGAGACUUGGUGAGUGUCAAAAAGAGAUGACAUAUCCAAAAAUAUUCCAACAUACCUUUACCCGAUAACCUAAAUUUAACCGAGAGUAUGGUAUGGAUGCAGGCCAGCUGGUGCAGGACAAACUCCAUGAUGUGAAAAGCCUGAGUCUGGGCAAUAACUAGAGGGACAGAACAAACACAGUCCUGUCCGUCUAGUUGUUGCCCUUGAGAGGCUUUUCACACCAAGGAACCUAAAUUUGUCCUUUUUUUUCUCUCUCUCUCAGGCUGUGGCUCGUCUGCACUGUGAUAUAAGUCUCCCAGGUGGAGUAGCAUUGCAUGUGUAACGGACACAUAACAUUUGCACAUGCGCUUGCCUUGAGACCAGACGCUAUGGUAGUUUAUGAGCAUAUGAAUUUUUAGGAGUCUGAAAUGCAUGCACAUGGCAUGCCUCUAAGUGCCAGCGAUAUUGCCAGGGUUAUGAUAUCUGCAAGAAAUCCGUGUGUAUCUGAAGCUAUAUUUUCCUUGUGGUCACACGCACUGUACAAAUAAGCACACGCAUGCACCUCCACAUACUCAUCUGCAAGUUACUGACAUCGUGCGUUCUACUAUUAACUGAAUAACGUCUUUAUGCAUCCCUAUCACGCGUUAAUUAUGUCGAAUCAUAACAGCUGAUGGUCUGCCAACACCUAGUAUUGUUUUUAGUCCGUCCAACUCCAACACCUAGUGGAAGUACCUUACUCCCAUAUAGUCAGGAGAACUGACGUCGUGAUAAAGAAUCACGCCAGCAAACGAAACCAACUGCAAAAUCGCGCCUUGUAGAUCGCCCCUGAUGUCCCAUUUUGCCACUCGGUGUUCCCGGCUUUCGAUGACUUAUAACGAUGAUUCUGCAACGCGACCUCCUGAGCCAUUGCAGAAAUAUUUUUACAGGUCACAUACGUUCACCAUGCCUAAGAUUCAGCACGCUCGUGUAUGCAGCAUACCCUUGCCUAUCUGCCACGCCAAGAUAAGGGGACCGACCUCCACACAUUUCCGCUGUCAUGAGUUUGUACAGUCCCAAGCAGCACAAUGUAUUGAAAGUCGAGUGCUAUAGGGGUGGACGGGUAGGUGGAAGGCCUUGAACACGCUCUUGCAACUAAAGAACAUUGAUAAGACACAUACCGACCACCCCUAUUGCACUCGACUUUCGGUACAUUGUGCUGCUUGGGGUGCAAUGCUAACACGUAAGAACGUUUCUCUUCACAGCACAACGCGGUAACCCAUUUCUUACAAUAGCUGGUUGUGCAACUGAAGAUUACAUUUUCUCUUAUUUUUGAUGCAUGUGAAGUCAAGUGUCAAGCUAUCAGUACCAGUCACCUUCAUUUUACGCGUGCCAGUUAUUGCAUUGAGAUCGUCAUUGUAUGUUUCUGUUUGGUCCAAAAUAAAGCGACGACACACUGUU